CUUCUAUUAGGCAUUCACGCAGACCCUGUUAACAGAGCGUAUAGCCUACACUGUUCCUGAUUUAGCCUGUCACACGAUAUAACUUUAACGUUGCACCUCGCAAAGAUAUUAUUUGGUGGUUUAACAAAAUAUAUACGCCGAAUGUAAGAGCGCUUCAUAAUAAUUCAAAAAAGGUGCCCUGUAGUCACUAUUCUGGGUUUAACAUGUGGUACUUUUGCCAGUACACUAAAGCCCAUGAAAUUGGCAUUUUUUCAAAGGCAGCCUGGUAUGCGGAAGCCCCGUAUGAAAACGCAUCAGCAGGUUGCCAGAUAAAAGCAGCGGGAUGUUAUCUGGAAAUCCAAGUGAGGGGUUUUCCCCUAUGUAGAGAUGUGCAUAUUUUUAGACCUGCUCUGUGUUCAUGUUCAUACUCUGCACAUUUCAAGGUUCUCAAUUCUCCGCACUUACAGGACACAGUAAGCAAACUUUUGUCAGGUUUCUUCACAGAGGACAAAACCAGACUAAGCGGUGACGCUACGCUGCUCAUGGCAGAGAUGCUCAAAGUGUUUGUCCAAGAGGCUGCUGUGAGAUCACAGAAACAAGCUGAAUCUGAAGACUGUGAACAAGUGGACAUUGAGCACUUUGAAAAGAUCCUACCCCAGCUGCUGCUGGACUUCUAGCACAGUGAUGCCACAAGAUGGAGCCAGAGUAUCGCCUGCGUGUUCCUUCUGAAAUAGUUUAACUUCAGUUCUUACACCCACAAGUUUAGUUUAACUGAUGUUUAGAGUUUCUGUAUAACUGCAAUUAAAUAAUCACUUAAAUCUGAGAUACAUUACAUUAAGAUUCUCAUUCUGUCUGUAUUGGAGUUGUUUGAUUUUUAAGUGGAAAGCAGCCACACGCCUCCCUGCCACCCCCAAUAAGGCCCACCUGUGCUCCUCCGUGCAACAACAGGUGCUUCCAACAUGCUCCAUGGCGCCCUUCAUCAAAGCCUCCUGGAGCAGUUGGAAGCAAUUAGAGUAAUAAGGGGAGCAGCCAGUCCCUUAGAUGAUGACAAGUGCCAGGAAAAAAGGAGUACCCCCUUCGGCCACUUUGAAGUUCCCUUUUGCUGUCCUGCGAUGUUUAGUUAGAGGUGGGGGGAAGGGCAAAGGGGACCUCUGGCACAGGGGGGGGAAAGUUGAAUGGUAGUGUGCGUGCACGAAUGUGUGCAUGUCUUAGCCAAACAUGGCCAGAGACCACACGCAUAGAUAUUCUGUUUGAAAGGAAACAUAACAAAACACAUUGGAACAUGGUCCAAGAAGAGCAGGGUGUAAUUCUGAAGGUAAAUAAACAAAAGAGGUGAGUAGUAGAGGUGCUUUCUCUCCUUUCAUCACAGCAGAGGGGGAGGUUGGGGCUGUAAGGGCGAUGUUAAUGUGGGGUUUUCUAACCCAAGUGCCUCUGAUGGUUUUCCACCAGUGGUGUAUUUGACCAGCGUGUCUUCACUAUGAGUCAGCAUAGCUGCACAACACCUCACACUAUUUAUUUGUGUGGCUCUUGGGUGACUCAUUACACUGACAAAUGCUGCUCACAUACAGCUGGAAGCAACUUGGGCUAAAGUCAAGAGUCCAGGCUUGGAUAGGUGCUCAAGGACGCGGCACCUGGAAUUUGACCCGGCACCUUUUUAGUAGGGCCCAGACUGGAUUUGUGUUUCCCAGGAGUAACUUCCACAGCAGGGCUUCAGGAGAAGGUGUGUCUGGUUGAGUGAUGUUUAGUUUAAUGAUGCUCUGAGGACCAUUAGGGCGCAUUUACUUGAAGUAAAUAAUUUGUUGGGUUAGUAAUCACUGUCAUUCAUAGCAGCAAGUCCUGCCCUCUAGUUCUGAGUAGUACAAUACCCUUACGUGCCAACGCUUUGACAACCUACUCAUUCAGAUGAAAUGUUGCAAGCAAAUUUUUAUUACAAGAUAUGAAGCCAAAUGAUCUUGCUAAAAAGUACAACAUGAAUACCAUGGUAAGAAACAACUGUGUAAGGUGUAGUACUGUAUAUUGUAGUAGUAUGACUUCACCGUCAGUCCUUGCAGAUGAAAUAAAAACAAUUCUUUUGGA